UAAGCCUGGUCUGUGGUCUGUUGUCCUCAGCCUGGUCCUUAAGUGCAAAGAAGAAGGACUGUCUCAGGAUCACAGCAGUUUAACAGUGAGGCGGUGUGGCCUCCCUCCUGCUCAGUUUUUGCUGAGACACCAGAGGAGGCAGACGGACCCAGCUCGCUCCUGGCCACCGACCCUGCUGCUGAGGCCAGUGACGCCCUGCCUGCCAGGGAACUUACUGCUGCCACAGACCUGCCAGGACUGCCGUGGGCCAUUUAUCCAGAGGAGGCAGACAACACCCCGCUACUCCAGGUACACCCCAAGGGGUGGGGAGGAAGUGGCCCAUGGACAGCUGACCUUAGUCUGGCUACAGCUCUACCUGAGGCACGGUCAGCGUGUCACGGUUGGGAUCCCCACACCUGCUGUGUGCCUUUGCCAUUCCCUUGAGCUCUUCAAAGAUCCUGGACUGUGAUGGGAAGGAAGGAAUACAUUGUGUCAUAGAACAUCCCUUUUACAUCUUUUCCAGUUUAAGAUGCUGACAGUGGGCAGUGUUUUACUGCUUAUGGUAGCAGCAUCUGUUGCCAACAUAGGCAAGGAUCCUACCCUUGAUUCAGACUGGGAACGCUGGAAGACAAUCUACGAAAAGCAGUACAGCAGUGAGGAGGAAGAGCUUUCCAGGCGCCUGAUCUGGGAAAAAACCCUGAAAAUGGUUACAGUUCAUAACUUGGAAGAGUCAAUGGGAAAGCAUUCAUACACAAUGGCCAUGAAUGGCUUUGCAGACAUGACAUCUGAGGAAGUAACGGCUACAAUGACAGGGCUCAGAGUAUCUGACUCAGAAAUGGAUAACCUUACAGUUGAUUGGCCUCAAGAAAGUAUUCAGGAUCAGGCCCCAGACUGCAUAGAUUGGAGGAAGAGUGGUUAUGUCACCAAUGUCAAGAACCAGGGAUCUUGUGGUUCUUGUUGGGCUUUCAGUGCCGUGGGGGCCUUGGAAGGACAACUGAAGAAGAAAACAGGGCGUUUGGUGUCACUUAGUCCCCAGAACCUAGUAGACUGCUCCUGGAAAUAUGGCAACCAUGGUUGCAAUGGAGGCUUUAUGACUAAUGCUUUCAGAUAUGUUAUAAAGAACCGUGGCAUUGACUCAGAAACGUCAUACCCAUAUGAAGGUCGGGACAAGAAUUGCCGUUAUAAAACUUCUGGACGGGCUGCCACCUGUGUCAGUUAUAAAAAAAUACCUAAGGGAAGUGAAACUUAUCUUGAAAGAACAGUGGCUUCAGUGGGACCAAUAUCUGUUGGUAUAGAUGCAAGUUUGAGAUCCUUCCAACACUACCACAGUGGUGUGUACUAUGACUCACAAUGCACGUCUUCACAUAUAAACCAUGCCGUUCUUGUUGUGGGAUAUUGUGUGGACAGAGGUGUGCCAUACUGGCUCAUCAAAAACAGCUGGGGAACCAGAUGGGGUGAUCGAGGUUAUAUCCGGAUGGCAAAAAACAGAGGCAACCUUUGUGGAAUAGCUUCAUUUGCCAGCUAUCCACUGAUGUGAAAAAUAGACUUAAUCCUGGCAGGCAGGAAUGAAGAAUCAAACAUGCUUUAAAAUUAAUUUUGUUCUGAGUUCCCCAAAGAACUGUAGCCUUCAAUAAGUCCUGUCUUGAAUCAUACAAAUUUGAUGGACCCCAAAGGAUCUGUUAAAUGCAAGAACAAAAAACUACUGUAAGAAUCACUGCUUGCUAUAAAACUUCAUGAGUGCUAGCCGUCUUGGCAUAUUGCUUUCAUGUUCCCUAACCAGCCUGGAGCAGCAUUCAGAAAAUCAUCUACACCAACUACUUCAACCAACUAGUCACAUGAUACUGGUUCUCCUUGCAUCCGAAGAAGUGAGGUUUUUACUCACGAAAGCUUAUGCCCAAAUAAAUCUGUUAGUCUUUAAGGUGCCACCAGACUCCUUGUUGUUUUUGGUUCUCCUUGUUUCAUUAAUAGAAGUUAAAAACAUAUUAGGAAAGCAUCUAAUAUUACUUUCCUAUAUGGACAAUUGCUAGUCACAAACAGGAGUGGAGGUGGUGCAUGUGUUCACAAAUUGAAGGAGAUGUGUCCUCAAAACAAUCUCUUUAUUUUAUGGUCCACUCUAUGAAUAGCUGCUAAUUUUUGUAAUGAUGGACGCCCUAUAACUACCUAGAUAGAUUGUUCAGAAAGUUUGAGAAGCUUUCUAUAAUCAAGUUUCUCAAAGGUUUUGCAGGUGAAACCGUUGCUUUUUAAUUUGCCAAAAAUGCCCUUUUUUAAUGCUCGGGUUUUUAAGAACCUCAAAACACACCUGAAAACAGUUGGAUAUGAUGUGUGAUAAGUAGCAUUGGACGAAUUCCUGGAGAUUUCACCACAUGACACAAUCUUUAAUUAAAGAUUAAUCUUUAAUUCCUGCAGACUCCAGUACAAUCCUGGAGGGUUGGCAACCCUAAUGAUACGAUGUACUAUGGCACCAAAGUCAAUGUUAAAUGUGAGAUUU